AUGCGUCAUGAUGUCCUAGUGAUUGCAGCAGUAGCCGGCGUUGUCUAUGCGAAUGACCCGGCCCCGGUGGCGUUCGAUGCUGGAGAAUGGCUUGGGAUCGACGGCAACUGGUCAACCAUCAAGGUCUUGCUGGGAUCGAACUCCGAUCUCGUCAAUGUUCUCAUGAGCACGUCGCUUUCGGAGUUUUGGGCCGUCGGACCUGGAGGAUGUUUACAAAAGGAACCGCAUUGCACUGCGGCUCGCGGGGGCAUUUACACACCAUUUGCAUCCAAACAUUGGUCGUACAUGGGAAUCUGGCAGCUCGGCUUGGAUUACCUGGGUUAUGGCGGAAACGGCCAGUAUGGACUCGACACUGUCAAUGCGUACAGCAAGAUUACCGAUAUUGGCUUCGGCAUGUCCAAUGUUCUCAUGUCAGCCAUCAACACAACGGACUAUUACCUGGGCUACUUUGGCCUCGGCAUUACGCAGGGCAACUUUGGCCGUGAAGUCGCCCAAUCACCUCUGACACAAGCCGUUCACACUUUUGGAUGGAUUCCCAGCUACAGUUAUGGCUUUACUGCCGGCGCCUCCUACCGAAAUACGCCGGUAUCGAUCACCUUGGGCGGUCAUGAUACGGCACGAUACGUUCCCCACGACAUCGACUUCACGCUGACUCCGCAGGACAACAUGCCACGGGCAUUGAUCAGGGGCAUCGAAGCUUCUGCCGACAAGGUCAACAAGCCUAAGAAAUGGACGUCUGAAACAGCGCUUCUAUCGGGCUGGGACAACGCCUUUACGGCCUUGAUUGAUAGCACCACCCCAUACCUGUGGCUGCCGAGUGCCGUGUGUGAUGAGUUUGCAGAUGCGUUCAACCUCACGUAUAAUGCGACGUUCGACUUAUACACCCUUACGAACGAGCAGUUUAACCAGUAUGGCUCUGCGGAUUCCUUCACCUUCACCUUUAGCUUUUCGAGCGUCGACAACCAUGACAACUUUGGAUCACCUCUGAAUGUACCGGGUCUGGUGAACAUCACUGUGCCAAUGCGAGCAUUCGUCAACCUCUUACAAUACCCGUUUAUGCACCAGACUAUCAAAUACGGAGACCCAGCUAUACCAUACUUUGCAUUGCGGAAGUCGGAUAACGAUUCUGCUGUUGUCAUCGGCCGGUCAUUUCUCCAGGAAGCGUACAUGAUUACGAAAUAUGACGAGGCUGUCUUUUCGAUUCAUCAGGCCAAGUUUCCCCAGCGGCCGAUAGCAGAGGCGAACCUGGUGCCAAUCAAGCAGCCAAACAACAGCCCUUACCCGUCACCGCCGAAACAAACUGGCAGCAAGUUGAGCACGGGACAAAUGAUUGGCAUCGCUGUCGGUGCCAUUUUAUUGUGCUCGUUCUGCCUCAUCAGCCUAUGCUGUGUCUGCCGCCGACGAAGGUCGCUGGAGAAGGGCGACGAUGCAACCAUUACGGAAACGAAGGACGGCGCUUCCACACUUGUUCCCGAUACACCAAGGAUACCCAGGCCUGCCUUAUUCUUGAAGUUUACACGGCGCAAAAAGUACGAGAACGAGGCGAUCAAGUUCACUGCGCCAGUCAGUCCUCUCUGUAUAGAGGCGCCUGAUUCGGAAAUCUAUGAGCUUCCGGCUCCCUUGCCUCCCGUUGAGUUGGAUGCUAGCGACGGAGAAGAUGCCUCUUCAAUAAUGAUUGGCGAAACGACCUUAGGUACCGAGACCAGGGGUAGUCUCAGUGCGUAUGAGGUGGCCAGGAGGAGGAUAGACCGGCAGCUUCAAGGCCCUGUGCCCGAAUACUCACCACCCAUUCUGGAGAUUGCCUUGCCUCAGGAGAAGGUGAUGGGCACGACCGGCGAAGCACACGCAACUUCGAGUAGGGAAGCAGUUCCCGUGUCUCCGAUCAAACCAGAGUCGGGGACCGGCUCGCUUCCGGCAUCGCUACCUUCACCCAUCUCCUCGGGCUACGAUAGCCAUCCGGAUGCCAUGUCGUAUCCAGGUGCUGGUUCUGCAGCAACUCAGAUCUCUAGCGGCAGCUCCAGAAGUCCGUAUGAGCAGAAUGCCAAAGAUCAUGCGAAACCGGCAAACAGCCGCUCAAACUCAAAGCGUUCAAGGAGUCCGGCAGCGUCAAAUCCUGAUUCUUCUAUGGCAUGCCAGAAGACCCCAAUUGACCCAACAAACAUUGUCUGCUUGGGAAGCCUCCCCGACAACCUCAAAUCGCUUAGACACAGCAUCAUGCUGGCGCAUAUUGUCAGCCGAGAAAAUCGCGACAGCACUGAUAGCUUCACGCCUCGUUUCAAAGCCGAGUUCCAUCUCUCCGAGCAGAGUCUAGGAAGCAACUAUACAGAGGAGGAAGACCGAAUCAUGCAUGAGAUGACAAUGCAGGCUACCACUUCUCUUGGCAACCCCUUUGAAGAUUCGCCAUCUGGCGGACCAGUAGGAGAGCGAAGAGCACAAGAUUCUUUGACUCAGGAGACGAAGAGUCCACAUCCAUCGGAGGGGGAUGAGAGAAUAGACGGGAAUGAUAUCGUCCACGUUCCCCAGCUGGCGGAAAAGCGAUAUAGUUGGGAAGACUAA